GACCACAGUGAAAAUUCGGAACAUUUUAUUGUGUGUGGCUCCUCCUUGCUCAAAUAACUUAAUUAAGUUAGACGCAGUCAGUGUUCGAACGUGACAAAUAAAAUCAUCUUAUUACAGCCUUGUGUAAGGGCUUUUUGGUAAAAACCUCACCCGCAUUUCUACGUAAAAUGGCAACAGCAGCCAACACCGCGACAGCUGCCGGAGCACCAAAAGAUGGUGUGCCUCCAGCCCCAGCGAAGACGUUGUCCGGAAUUGUGAAACAAGUGCUCUCUGGCGACACAUUAGUAAUACGCGCCACUAAGGGUGCCCCACCUCCGGAGAAACAAAUUACCUUCUCACAUGUCCUUGCACCAAAACUAGCUCGUCGUCCUGGUGCUGGCGGUGACGAGACUAAAGACGAACCUUGGGCCUGGGAGUCAAGGGAAUUUCUUCGUAAGAAGUUGAUCGGCGUUGAAGUGACAUUUACUUUUGACAAGCCCGCCAAUUCAAACCGGGAGUACGGCUUCGUGUGGAUUGGUAAGGAUAAGGAAACUGGCGAAAAUGUGGUCGAGUCGAUUGUGCGCGAGGGUUUGGUAUCUGUCCGCCGCGAAGGACGCCCUACGCCUGAGCAACAAACUUUAAUUGAGCUGGAAGACCAAGCACGUGCCGCUGGCCGUGGUAAGUGGUCGCAUAAUGUUAACGCCGUAGAGAAGGUUCGUAACAUCAAGUGGGCUCACGAGAAUCCUGCCCAUAUUGUUGAUGUCUACGGAGGAAAACCGGUCAAGGCCAUCAUCGAGCACGUGCGAGAUGGUUCAACUGUGCGCGCAUUUCUACUUCCUGAUUUUCAUUAUAUAACUCUCAUGAUUUCUGGAAUUCGUUGCCCGGGCGUAAAGCUGGAUGCUGAUGGCAAGCCCGACCUUAGCGUCAAGGUGCCGUUCGCAGAUGAGGCGCGUUACUACGUAGAGACUCGCCUUUUGCAGCGUGAUGUUGAAAUCCGACUGGAAUCGGUUAACAACUCGAACUUCAUUGGAUCGAUUUUAUAUCCGAAGGGUAACAUUGCGGAGUCGCUGUUGCGCGAAGGAUUAGCAAAGUGCGUGGACUGGUCCAUGGCGGUAAUGAAAACAGGUGCGGAUAAACUACGUGCUGCGGAACGUGUUGCUAAGGAAAAACGCCUUCGUCAGUGGCAAGACUAUCAAGCAAAAACACCCGCUUUUAACUCGAAGGAAAAAGACUUCGGAGGCACCGUAAUUGAAGUCUUUAAUGGCGAUGCUGUCAAUGUGCGUCUUUCGAAUGGCCACGUGAAGAAGGUGUUCUUUUCGUCAAUAAGACCACCACGUGACCAACGUGCUGUAGUUGGAACGGAUGGUGAAGAAAUUGUGAAGGCCCCACCACGUGGAAAGAACUACCGGCCACUUUAUGAGAUUCCGCACAUGUUCGACGCACGCGAAUUCCUGCGCAAGAAACUGAUUAAUAAGAAAGUGCAGUGUAAUCUUGAUUACAUCUCGCCGCCUCGCGAAAAUUUCCCUGAGAAGUACUGUUACACAGUUUUAAUUGGCGGUCAAAAUGUGGCUGAAGCAAUGGUGGCAAAAGGCUUGGCUACAUGCGUACGUUAUCGCCAAGAUGAUGAUCAGAGAUCUUCCGCCUACGAUCAACUUAUUGCUGCUGAGCAGCAAGCUAUCAAAGGACUGAAGGGACUGCACGCCAAAAAGGAUAACGCUACAUUGCGUGUAAACGAUCUGACUGUUGACCAUUCCCGAAUCAAGGUUCAGUACUUGCCUUCGUGGCAGCGUGCGCUUCGAUCCGAAGCCAUUGUCGAGUUUGUUGCCAGCGGCUCCCGACUGCGUAUUUUUGUGCCAAAGGACAGCUGUCUGGUAACAUUCCUGUUAGCAGGAAUAUCUUGUCCGCGCUCUUCUCGCCCUGCCUUGAAUGGCGUACCUGCCCAAGAAGGAGAACCGUUUGGUGACGAAGCUCUUACCUUUACACGCGAGCGUGUUUUGCAGCGUGACGUUUCAGUACAUAUUGAUACCACUGACAAGGCAGGAUCCUCAGUUAUUGGCUGGCUGUGGACCGACACCGGGGCCAACCUUUCAGUUGCUCUUGUGGAAGAAGGUCUUGCCGAAGUUCACUUUAGUGCAGAAAAAUCGGAAUAUUAUCGCCUGUUGAAGAGUGCCGAAGAUCGUGCCAAGGCGGCUAAAAAGAACAUUUGGGCCAACUAUGUGGAGCAAGUCCCCGAAGAGAAGGUUGUGGUUGAAGAGGAAAAGGAUGAGAAAAUAUUGGUAGAGCGCAAAGUCAACUACGAAAAUGUUAUCGUUACUGAAAUUACCGAGACUCUUACGUUCUUCGCACAGUCAGUGGAGAACGGCCCCAAGCUCGAAACACUAAUGAGCAAACUACAUGCUGACUUCCACGGCAAUCCUCCCAUCGCUGGAUCGUACACGCCUAAACGUGGCGAUCUGGUGGCCGCUCAGUUCACCUUCGACAAUCAAUGGUAUCGCGCCAAGGUGGAACGAAUUCAGGGAAGCAACGCUACCGUUUUGUACAUCGAUUACGGUAAUAAGGAGACCCUGCCCACCAACCGUUUGGCAGCAUUGCCGCCAGCCUUCAGUAGCGAGAAGCCGUAUGCUACGGAAUACGCGUUGGCCUUAGUUGCACUGCCCGCUGACAACGAGGAUAAGGAGGAAGCUCUACGCGCUUUUUCUGAAGACGUUUUGAACCAUAAAGUGCAGCUUAAUGUGGAGUUAAAGGUGGCCGGAGCACCAAAUUUGGCCACACUACAUGAUCCAACGACUAAAACUGACUUCGGCAAGCAACUCGUUGCCGAAGGCCUUGUACUGGCGGAGAAACGACGUGAGCGGAAGCUUAAGGAUCUGGUGGAACAGUAUAGAGCCGCGCAAGAAGCCGCUUUAGCCUCCCACUUGGCCAUCUGGAAGUACGGAGACAUAACACAGGACGAUACUCCCGAGUUCCGCUAGGAGUCGGAUUAAAACGUGGAGUAGGCCUGUGGCGUGGAGCGCGUUGCCAGCCGAAAUGUUUGUCUGCCACAUACCCGCCCUUUAUAUACAUAACAAGCAACAACUUAAAGAAUAUGAAAUUACUAAUUCUAUCUAUACACACCAAUAUAUAUGAAACAUAUACUAAAUUGGAAAUACAUACAUACAUUGGAAGAACA